AUGGAGAGACUCAACGUUGACUACUCAGUCUAUCUAGUAACGGACUCAACGCCCGCCAUCCUCGGCGACAAGGACAUUUGCGAGGUCGUUGAGGCGGCAUUGCGGGGCGGUGUUAGCUGUGUGCAAUACCGGGACAAGACCAGCGACACAGGGCUGCUGGUCCAGACGGCACGCAAAUUACACGCUGUCACGCAAAAAUACAACGUUCCACUGCUCAUCAACGAUCGGGUCGAUGUGGCCCUCGCCGUAGGUUGUGAGGGAGUGCAUAUCGGGCAGGAUGAUCUAGAUAUCGAAUCGGCAAGAAAGCUUCUCGGCCCUGACAAGAUCAUCGGCGUCACGGUCAGCAACGCCGGAGAGACGACCGCCGCGUGCGACGGGGGCGCCGAUUACCUCGGCAUCGGGACCGUCUUUGCUACGCUGACCAAGGAGAACACGAAGAGCAUCAUUGGCGUAGAUGGCCUACAGCAGAUCUUACAACAGCUCGCGCAGGCGAACUCGGCGGUCAAGACCGUUUGUAUCGGUGGCAUUAAUGCGUCCAACACCUCUCGCGUCGUCUGGCAGAGCUCCGUUCGCGGCAAGUCGCUCGAUGGCAUCGCCGUCGUGAGCGCCAUCAUGGCCGCUGCAGAUCCGGAGGCUUCAGCGCGGGAGUUACGUCAACUCGUCAAGGCGCCGCCUGCCUUUGCCAAGAGCGUAGUCGCAGCAGACCAGCAAGCCUUCUCUCCGGAGAUACUGAUUGAUACGACUCCAGAAAUUAUUCGCGCCGUUUCUGAAGGAAAGCCUCUUUCUCAUAAUAUGACCAACCUCGUGGUGCAGAACUUCGCCGCCAACGUUGCCCUGUGUGUCGGCGCGAGUCCGAUAAUGGCUAACUAUGGCGAGGAGGCUAAAGAUUUGGCCAAGUUGGGCGGUGCGCUCGUCAUCAACAUGGGAACCGUCACACCCGAAGGGUUAGAGAAUUAUGGCAAGGCACUCAAAGCUUACAACGCAGUUGGAGGGCCCGUAGUUUUCGACCCAGUUGGUGCCGGGGCUACAGCUGUUCGAAAAGCUGCUACCAAGACCAUCCUCGGAGGCGGCUAUAUCGAUGUCCUGAAGGGUAACCGGUCCGAGAUCCUCUCCUGCUUACCAGGGGGCUCAACGGUGCAACAACGUGGCGUAGACAGCGCAGAAGGCGAAGUGAACGUCAAGGAACUUGCAUCAGCCAUCAGAGAACUUUCCAUUCUCCGGAAGAACAUCGUGAUGGUGACGGGGAAGACGGAUUACAUCACGGCCGGACGGCACGUCUACGCGAUCAGCAAUGGUCACGAGUACCUGGGCAUGGUCACCGGUACGGGCUGUUGCCUCGGGACAACGAUAUCUGCUAUGAUCGCGGCAUACCCCAGUAAUAAACUCAAUGCCGUCAUUGCUGGUGCAUUGUUCUAUAACAUCGCCGCUGAAAUAGCGGCUGAGAGGGACGACGUUAAAGGACCGGGUACCUUUGUGCCGGCUUUUCUGGAUGAGCUCUACAAUAUCCGAAUAGCUACGACCAAGGGAGAUAUUAGCUGGCUUGAGAGAGCGAGAAGACAUCGGGAGCGUGACACCUGGCGCAUCCAUGAACUUUGCACGAGCUACAUCAAGAGCACAAGCGACUAUCCGAAUCACCCCUCCGCCAUUCAGAUUGAAUCCCGCUCUGCCUCGCCUUGGCCCGAGAUUCUCAUCCACCAUGGCGCCAUCAAAGCGACUUCUGUCUGUGAUCCGCAGGAGAAGUUCCGCAACGCAAUCUGGCAAUUCGACAAGAUCCUCCUCACCACUCAAAAAGUCCUCCGCGCAGCGAAGAUCCUUCAGAUCCCCAUCGUCGUAACGACGCAGAACAGGGCCAAACUAGGCGACAUCGCGACAGAACUGCAACCCCUGACGCAAGACGCGGCCAUAGAUCUAGACAAGACGUGCUUCAGCAUGGUCGUGCCGGAGAUAGCGUCUCACGAACUUCUAGCGUCCAAGCCCGCCGUCGUCAUCGUGGGGAUAGAGAGCCACAUCUGCGUCACGCAGACAGCGCUCGAUCUCCUCGCGCGGGGACACCGCGUGUAUGUUCUCGCCGAUGGUGUCAGCAGCUGCAACGAGCAGGAGGUCCCCGUAGCGCUGGCGCGGCUGCGUCAUGAAGGUGUUGUCGUGACGACCUCUGAGAGCUGGUUGUAUGAGACCAUGGGGGAUGCGAGCAUUGCCGAGUUCAGGGAUAUCGCGAAGCUGGUUAAGGAGACGAGUGCUGAUACGAAGACCGCUCUUUCGGGGCUGUUGAGUAAGAUUUGA